CAAUGGUCUUAAACAUAAAUUACUUAUUAGUUUGUUAACCAGUAAGAACUUGUUACAACAAAUCUGUUUCCCAUUUGCGACCCUGUGAACUUGUUGAUAACAAGGAUCACAAUGUGGAGAACAAUAAAAACAUUUAACAUAAAUGACAAGUAAUACACAAAGAGCUAAAUGAUAGAGAAUGAGACCCAGUCAACAGGACCCAAAAAGACAAUGUUGAUUGAGUGCAUUUCGCGUGACAUUCCCUGAGAGUUUUCUUCAGAAACCGAUAGAAGCAAAGAUCAAGUAGAGCUCGUCGAUAUAGAGCUUAUAUAUAUAAACCAACCACCCACCGAUCGGUCGAGAGGCGUGGCAAAUGAACUUCAAUCCGGCCAGCGUGGUAGCCGCCGCAGCAGCAGCCGCACAUCAGACGUCGCACCACCAUCCGUAUUUGAACCACCAGCAGUUGCAGCACCGCCCGGUCACCCAGCAACAACAGCUUAUCCCACUGCCCGUUGGCGGGGGAGGGAGUUUACAAGUGGGUGGCGGCGAUACCUCGCCCAAAAUCAUGGAGUGGACCAACGACGAUGCUCUGGAAUUGAUCGAACAGUAUCGCUGCCACACAGAGCUAUGGAAUCGCGCCGAUCCCAAGUACAAGGAUAAACUUUGUCGAUUCCGGGCGUGGUCGGAAAUAGCCGAGCGUUUCGGUUGCAGCAAGGCGGAGGUCGAGCGGAAGAUGAACGUGCUGCUGACCCAGUAUCGGCGUGAGAAGCACAAGAUGUUUGUGAAAAUAUACCAGGGCAUCCAGCCCAAUCCGUCCAAGUGGUAUGCCUUUAAACGAUUCGACUUCAUGGAGGCUGGCGGCGGCAGUUUAAGCGGCGGUGGAUCAGGUGGAUCAGGUGUUAAUACGUCGGUUGGUAACCUGGUGCCCAAUCCCGUUUCCUCAUCGGCAGCCGCUGCCGCCCACAAUGGGCUAAACGGACUGGCGGCUGCGGCCGUCGCAGCAGCGGCCUACGAAAGCGGUACGAUUGCAGCGGCGGGAAACGGAGGAGCACCACCCACUGGACCAGGUGGCGGAGUACCUGGUUCGCAGCCCGCCAUGCAGCACAGACGCAUCAAGACCAAAGAGCUGAAAUAUUUCGGAGCGAUGGGCCUCAAUAUACCCAUGCUGAUAGCGAGCAGUCAGACGCUGGACAGUUGGAAUACGGCGGGUCAGUAUUCGCCGCCGAUAUCGGGCUCUGGAGGCGGUGGCUCGGAGCGAGGAGGAAGUGGAGGUGGUGUCGUUGGUGGUGGAGCGCCUGCCCAGCAACUGCGAGUGCCCCUGCCCAUGAGCUAUCAUGGCGGUGCUGGCAGCAGCAGUAGUGAUUUCCAGCAGAGUCCACUGAAGACCAUGGAUACCUCGGACAACGAGGACAACAAUAACACCAAGGAGGAUGUGGCAGCGGCAGCGGCCUUGGGGCAACUGGCCGCAAAGGUGGAGCGACGCUCGCCGGUGGUCGGAGGUCCUGGAGGCGGCGGAGGUGGAGGUGGCGGCGGCUCAAGUAGUAGGGAGGCCAACGAUCUAGGCAGCGAUCCCAUUAAGUCCGAUCGAACGUUAAGCGAAGCUGGCAGCAGUCCCAUACCGAAUACCAAUAUGCAUGAGGCGCACAAGAAUCACCUGCUCAACAGUCCAGCCGGAGGAAGAGCGGUUACCCCAAGGCAGGCGCAUGAGCAGAUGCAUCACCAUCCACACACGCAGCACCACCUGCAGCAACAGCAACUGCAACAGCAGCAGCAGCAGCAGCAACAGCAGCAGCAGGUUCAGCAACAACAACAGCAGCAGCAGCAACUGCAACAGCAGUUGCAUCAUGGCCACGACGAUCUGGACAUCAAGCAGGAGUUGGUGGACUAUUUCCAUGGCCAGGCGACUCGUGUUGGUCCUGCACCACCGCCGCCACCCGAAUCACAUCGUUCCUACAGCUCAGCGGGCGAGGAGAGCCGACUUCAGUUGGUGGACAUGGCCCAGGACUUGCGAGUUGCUCAGGCGAAGGCCAAUUUUGGAGCCUUUGUCCUGCCACCAAGAGGCAGCGAUGCCAGCACACCCGCCAUGCCCUUAAAUAUGCGUAAACUAACCGGUGCCGGCAGUGCGGGUCAUAUGCUAAUGAAUUCGCUGCUCGGCUCGCGGGAGAGUAUGUCGGAUGGCGAGGAACCCGAUCCGGAUAACGAUGAGGCCACCGAAUCGGCCGCCAGUCCGGGGCACAUCAAGAGCAGUGUUUCCGCCCAGGCGGCCGUUGCAGCAUCCGCUUUUUACGCCGAGUCCCUGAACCGCGACGAUUGCGAUUUUAUUGGAUCAAAUGUGUCGCUUAAACUGCGGACCAUGGAUCGCACGCAAAGGAUCAUUGCGGAGAAGCUAAUCAGCGAGGUGUUGUACUAUGGGCAAUUCAACGAGCUGGAACGCUCGGCCAGGAUUCAGCCCAAGUGACAGUGGCGCCCCAAGAAGUGGACGACGACAAUGGGGAACGGGAGCGGGAACGGGAGCGGGAGCGGGAGUGGGAGUGGUGGGGCUGUGGGCCUGGGCAUCGGAGUGGGUUUGAGCAGGAUCCGGCUGGGCAGGAGCCUACUCGCCCCGCAGCAUGGCAAAUGAAUUCCAAUUGAAAUAGUCAACAGAGAGAUAAAACAGAAACCAAUACAGAAAACAGUACAACUUAUUUUUAGUUUGGCCAGGAUCGGGGUCACCACUUGUACAAAGCUUGGCAGAAAAAGGGGCAGCGUUACUUAGGCGGAGUGAAAGUGGGAAAGAUGGGGGAAGAAAGCAGAGUAGAACUUGGAAAAUGGUACUUAUAUGAGAGGGGUAGAGAUGGUAUGGUAAUGAUUCUGUAUAAAAUAUUUUUAUUCAUGGGAUAGAAGGAUUGGAUCGGAUCCAUGACUUCAAUAAUCUCAAAUACCCAUUUUAAAGGCGUAUCUUUAAAAAUUCAAAAGAAAAAUUAAAAUUGUGUAUGAUAACUUCUCAAACUUAGAACAUUUUAAACGGUUUUUUAAGAGUAAACAAUAUACAUUUAGGUUGUUAUACUGUGCAAAGUCUAGAAAAUACAAAUAAUAUGGAUUUAGUCCCAUUUUGUUUGACAAUUAAAAAAUUUAAACUAAAAAGAUCCCAAAGAGGGGAAAGAAAAGUUUUCAAUAACACAACGAAAUUUGAAUUGUUUUAUAUUUUUAUGUCGAAAGACCUCCGUUUCAUAAGCCAAAUGUUGUUCAUCUACCAUCUCUCCCAGAGUAAAAUACAAAAAGCUACACAGAACACAAACCAAAGUUACUUUCUAUUCUGUUUGAAGGGCUGCAUAAACAACAGUUUAGCUUUUGUGUCCACAACUUCAAUAUUAAACUACAUAAAAUACAUAGAUACUAGAUAGGUUAGAUUGGGUCUGGGAAUGGGGUCGUCGACACACCUGAGACAUCUAACUAGCAGAAUCUCAGUAUUACUUAUAAAAUACACUUUACAUAGACCAUAGAUAAAACAACAACGAGGAAUCAAAGCAUUUGCCAUAGAUCGAUUCCCUGGGGCUGAUCGUCCACUUCUGGGUGUUAUCUGGUUGCUAAUUGUUGACCUCGCUCUAAAACAAAAACACAAGAAUUAUUGAGAGAAAAACGUAAGCAAAACAAACUAUUGUAAAGACAAGGAAAAGCGGCUGCUAAAAAGUCAAGCUCCAAAGUUGGGCACCACUGAAACUCAAGUUCCCGAUUAGCUAACCGUUGAGAAAGGCACUUGUAAAACCUAUAUGUUUUCUAUAUAUAUCUGCUUGUGGAUAUAUGUAUAUGUAUAUGGAUAAAAAUAUAUAUAAUAUAUCAUUGUACCUUAUUUUGAAACAGAGAUGUUUUCUUAGUCACUUAAGUCUGGUCGUCUAAAAGUCACCAAUCCAAAACCCAACAACUGAAACCAACCAACCAACAAACAAAAAGCAACCGCAAACUUUUACCUACAUUAUACAAAUAUUGUCGUCACUAGUUCGUUAAUGAAACAACAAAAACAAAUGCUAAAACAAAAACAAAAUCAAAACAUUGUACAUUUUCGUGUUUAUUUUUUAGGUCCUAAUGAUUUUUGCAUAAUAUUUAAGUAGUUUUUAUUUUUAUAUGCAAAGCAAAGCAGAGCAAAAACAGCAACAUUGAAUUAAUUUAUAUUAAUAUAUAUGUAUACCUAAUAAAACUAUGGGCAAAUUAGUUAGUCACAUAAACGAGAGAAACAGAUAGAUGGUUGAGGAUGAUGAUGAUGAUGAUGAAAUGCAGCUCGGCUUUUGCUGCUGCGUUUUUUAGCCGUAGUUUUUACUUUAGCAUAGACAAAAUCAAAAAACCAACAAAAGUCCAAACUGAAAAGAAAAGUCAUGCGUAAAAAAUGGAAAAUUAGAUGUGAAUAAAUUAAUUAGCUGUAAAAUUAGUGAGAAUUUGUUUGGCAUAGAUGUGCAAGAGUGUGUAGUGUGAGUGCGUAUGGAAAUUAAACCAAAAUUAGUUUUUCUGAAUGUGUAAACAGCAGCUAAAAAAAUAAAUAAAUGUGUGUACCUAUUUGUCUGACAAACAUUGUAAA